AUGCAAGGCAUUUGGUUUGUGGCGUUACUCCUCUGUGUCUCCCAGGCCCAGGGGCAGCCCGUGGACACCAAUGGGAAUGAGAGGACCAGCCUGCUGGAAGUCAUGGCCGAGCUGCGGGACCUCCAGGCGACCGUGAAGAAACUGGGCGAGGUGUCCAUCGCACAGAGCAAGGAGCUGACGGCGGCGCAAGCCGCGGUGUCGGCUGUGGAGGCACGUCUGCAGGCCAGCGAGAGCCAGGUGGAGUCGCAGCAGGCGAUGCUGGGGGACCUGAGGGUGAAGCUGAACCAGCAGGAGAUGCAGCUGGAGUCCACCCGCCAGCAGUUGGGAGACCUGAGAGAGUUCAACGCAGUCAUGGAUGUCAGACUCAACACCACCGAGGUGCAGGUGAUGGGGCUGAAGGAGGUGUCUGCAGCCCAAGGCCUUGAGAUCGGAUGUGCAAAGGCCAGACUGGACGUGAGCGAGAAAGACAUGAAGGAGGUUAAGACCCAGGGUGAAGCCCAGGCAUCCAAAAUCAAUGCUCUGGAGGACCGGUCAAGCUCAACGGAGAGCCAGGUGCUGGGACAGCAGGCAGAGAUGGGGGGAAUGAAGGAUGAGAUUGACGACCUGAAAAAGGAGAUUUCUGGUAUAAGUGGAGAGGGAGUCGUGGUGGAUCUGAAGGCUGACAUUGAGAGUUUGAAGAAUGAAAAUGCAGCCCAGGCUCUGGAACUGAAGGCUCUGGGUGACAAGAGCAGCUCCACGGGGGUGCAGGUGGAGGAGCAGCAGGCCGCUGUGCUGGAGCUGAAGGCCACCGUGGAGGGCCUGAGAGGAGAGAACGCAGCCCAGGCACGGGAGCUGACAGCGUUGGGGGAGAAGUCCAGCGCCACCCAGAGUCAGGUGGAGGUACAGACGGCUGCCGUGGUUGAGCUGCAGGCAGAGGUGGAAGGCCUGAAAGUACAGACCACAGCCCAGGCCCUGGAGCUUGACGCGCUCAGUGACAUGGCGAACUCCACGGGGAGCCAGGUGGCAGAGCAGCUGAUUACAGUGGCAGGGCUGCAGGUGGCCGUGGAGACUCUGACGAGCCAGAGCUCAGCACUGGACGCAGAGCUGGAGGCUGUUGAUAUGAAGGCCACCUCCGUUGAGAUGCAGGUUGGGGAGCAGCAGGCUGCAGUGGUGGAGCUCAAGGCGAAAGUAGAGGGACUGCAGACUGAGAAUGCAGCUCAGGCCACAGAGUUGAAAACACUUGGUGGUCAGUUCACAGACCAUCAGGGCAUGCUCGAUACACACGCUCUCAUCAUGACUGGGACGUAUAAGGCUGUGGAGGUCCUGGUUAAUGACGUUGGUGCCCUGAAGGAGCAUGUCGCGGAUCUGGUAGAUGGAUCUGGAGGAAGCUCUGGAGGUGGAGCCGUGGUGGCCUUCUCAGCUGCCUUGGGCGUCUCCGGAAAGUUUGGUCCUUAUAAUUCAGAACAUGUCAUCAGGUUCAAAAAUGUCAUAACUCGCGUUGGCGAAGGCUAUGAUCCUAAGACAGGCAUUUUCACCGCUCCCAUCAACGGAGUUUACUACUUCAGCUUCACCACCGCUGGCGUCUCCGACUACUACAGCCGCGGUGUGAUCUUCUACAAGAACACCACUCAGAUCAGUCACGCAAGCGAGAGAAGCCGCAAUGAUGGCUAUGGCCACGUGACUAGCAGCGCCACACUGCAGCUGGUCAAGGGCGACCGCGUCUACCUCAGCCUCAGCCGCAACUUCCAGCUCCACGAUGACAAGAACAACCACAACACCUUCAACGGAUUCCUCAUCUCCUCCAACUGAUCCAUGUGUGUUGUUGAGGGUUUUGCCGUGGAUGUAUGGUCAGAGUAAAGCCAUCUGAAGUUGCGUGUGAAGUGUUGUGGAUGAAUAUGACGUUCCUCGUGUUCUUUG